CGCGGUCCGGUAACGUAAAGCCUCGCGCCCCGCUUCACAUUGCCUCAGAAGUUACCAAUGCCGCUCCAGCCUCGUCCGCGCGCAGGACCUCUGCAAGAACUGCCCUUGGAAUCAUUCGCUCCUGUUGCAUCUACGUCUACAUCGAGCACGGACACCGGAAGUGGACCCUCAACACCGUCUUCCUCACGCAAGCGUCGCAGCGAAGAACCACUGCUCCCCGCCAAGCGUCGUAUCCUCCAUCAGGAGGGCAUCUUUCUUCCAUCCAAGCCUGUCAAGUCGCCAGUACGUGACCACCACACGGUUAUGUGGUCCCGAUCUGCCGCACGUCACUUCGAGGCAGUUCUAAUUGGCUCAGACAGCCCCGCGCGACGGCUUGAUUUCGGACCCCCAGAACCUGAUCCCGAGAAAUAUCUUGCCGGAUUGCACACUGCCCCUGCCGUCAGCCCUGUGAUUCCCCCAGUCAUGCCUUCGACGCGGCAAAGUAGCCCGACCACCUCCUCAAGGUUGUCCCCCUCCCUAGAAAUCAUACCCCCGUCCCCGCGUCCAAGUGCGGCAAGCACUCCUACCGAUAUGCGGUCGAGCCACUGCCCCAUGACAUCCUCGACUCCUUCUCAUGUCACGCCGAAGCCCUCGCUACCCGCCAUCGGAGAAUGGGGGUUUGCUGAGGAGCAUGCAUGGCUACCCCUCGCCAUGCCCCAGAUACCGGAAUCCUUCGCAUCAGCGAUACCUCGAGUUCCCCGGGCAUGGUCUCAGCACAAUCCAGGGUUCACAAUAUACCGAGAUCCCAUCACUGUCCAGGAGAGAGCUGAGAUAGACACCAGCACUCCUUUGCAAAUCAUCCCAAACCGGGAAACUGAUGGGGAUCUGGACAAGGAGAACCUCAUACCUCGAUGCCCGUCGCAGAAGUACCACCUGACGUCAAAUCAUGGUCAUGCAAAGCAAUCUGAAGCCGAACAAAAUUCGAUGGGUUAGGAAGAGGAGGUAAUGCCGAGGCAGACAUCGGGCAGUCGCUUGUCCAGUUGGCCGCUCAUGCACCCUAGCUCCCGUAGCGCGCUAAACAGCCCUGCUGGUCGUCAUUCAACGCUAGGGCCAUGAAUAUGGCUUCUUCCGCCACUGCGAGUCGUAUCGAAAGGGUGUUGCCAGAGUGGGUGAGAUAUUACGAUUGGCGCUCAAGUAGUUUCUAAGUGUCAAAGAUGGUUGUUGCUCGACAGGAUUUGAGGUGUAUAUGACAACGCGUUUGUUCGGGACGCCGUCCUGAACGUUGCAUGCUAUAGUGGAUACGGUACCUGACGUAUACUUACGUACCUUCAGUGAUUUCAGUAUGGGUAUGGUGCUGCAAAGUUGACAAUUCUCG